AUCAUUCUAUCGUAUAAAAUCAGCUCAUCCUUACUUUUGCAAUUCACACUCAGUACUCACGCUUCUAGCUUAAACCAACCGUUUCCCUCUCUACUAUGGAUGUUUUCCCUCAAUAUUCUGACUCACUUCCUUUUGCCACUCAUUCCUGCUCACUUCACUACCCAGAAUCUUCUACAUUGUCUGAUACCUGCAGUGCUCUUCGUGCGAACCUUUCCGAUGAGGAAGUCUUGUUAGCUUCCAGCUAUCCCAAGAAGCGGGCAGGCAGAAAGAAGUUCCGGGAGACACGCCAUCCUAUUUAUCGUGGGGUCCGUCGGAGGAACUCCGGGAAGUGGGUUUGUGAAAUUAGAGAACCCAACAAGAAAUCAAGAAUAUGGUUGGGGACUUUCCCCACGGAGGAAAUGGCUGCUAGGGCCCACGACGUGGCGGCGCUGGCUCUCAGAGGACGGUCUGCCUGCUUGAAUUUUGCGGACUCGUCAUGGCGGCUUCCUGUACCUGCGUCCAGAGAAGCAAAGGACAUUAGGAAGGCAGCAGCAGAGGCGGCGAUGGCUUUCCAGCCGGAGGGGACAGAAGGGUUUUCUGGAGAAUUAAAACAGGAAAAUAAGUGGACGACAGAGUCAGCGCCGGAGGAUGUGUUUUAUAUGGACGAAGAGGCGGUUUUUGCAAUGCCGGGACUACUGGCAUCUAUGGCAGAAGGGAUGCUACUUCCUCCACCUCAGUGCGUUGCAGGGAGCGGAGGAGAAGACGGAGAAAUGGAUGCAGCUGAUGUGUCACUAUGGAGUUUUUCUAUAUAAUUUAUUAAGAAAAUAUUAGGUGGUAUAUAUAAGAUAGCAGGCAUAGCUUGGUAUUAAGUGCAUCUCCAACUUAGAAUGGAAUUCUAAGUUUGAGUAUCUCCAAUGCUAGCUUCUUCAUAAACCCCCCAAAAUAACAAUAAUAAUAUCCGUACUUAUAUUUUUUACAAGUACGGUUAGAAGAUGGAGAGGUUGAAUUGGAACGAACACAAAAGGGCGAGCUUGUGCGCGUGGGAUUGAAAGAGAUGUUGUAUGGGAAGUCAGUUUUUAGCGUCUAGUCAUGAGGGCUGAGGGCAUCAUAUGAUCCCUGUAUUGAUGUGGAUGUUUAUAGUAUGCAAGUUUGGAUAAAUCUGAGUAUAUACUUACAAAUAUUUAUGCA